UUUUUCACUGUCAUGUGAUUGCUUCAUAGUUUAAGUGCUGUAUCUACAGUAUAUUCACUAGUUACUGCAUCACUUGGUCCAUGUCUCUUACUGUUAAUCAUCGGUUCUAGUGAUUUUGAUUUACCACCAGAGAGGAUUGAGACCUGCAGGAACCAUGGAGAACGGUGCAAUGUCAUGUCUGAUUCUUGUGUUUGGACUUUGUCUCACAGGUGUGAGGUCUCAGGUUCAGACUCAUCAGACUGUGAUGGGAGCUGUGGGAGAAGAGGCUCAUUCAGCUGUUUGCUCACUGAACCUAAACACGUUCUUCAAGUCACGUGGCAGAAGAUUUUACCUGAUGUUGACAAGAAUGUAGCAACUUUCAAUAAGUUUGGCCAAAUUAUAUUGCGGUGUCUUAAACCACGGCACGACCGCUUAUAAAAAAAAUUUAAAAAAACAUCGUUUUGGAGCUUUUCAGGCCAUAAGAAGACUAGGUUAAGCCACGGCAUGACCAUUAUAAGCUGUAAUAUUAGUAACCAAUGCAGAAACACUGAAACAUUGUUUUGGACCUUUUCAGGCCAUAAGAACAAAAGUUUAAAGCACAGCAUUUGUAACUGUGCUUUUAUGGUGUAUUGAGCUGUCUUACAGUAGCUUGGCAUCAGAACAUGAUCAUUAUAAGCCGUGAUGUAAAAAACCAAUGUAGAAACACUAAAACAUCGUUUUGAACCUUUUCAGGCCAUAAGAACACUAGUUUAACCCUAGCAUGACUGUGUGCGGUGUUCCACUAAGGGCUUUGCGAAUCCUUCAGCACAAGGAACAACAGUGCCAGGGACUAUCAGAUGUCUGGGGAUGUGUGACAGGGGGACAGUGCUGUCUUUUAAGAAACUGAUAAAGUCUGCACUAUUUAAUCUACACCUGACCACACGCCAUUAUUUAUACUGAGUGAAGUGGGGUCGAUUGAGUGUUGGGCAACAAUUAUAAACAAACAUGAAAAUCUACCAACGAAAUGAAUCUCGGCAUUAAAAUUGAAAGUGAAAGUACUGUAACUUGGUUCGACUCUGUCUAAGGUGUAGUGUACGUAGCGGACUGUUCCACUGCAACAGGGGUGAAGAGUUAAUAUGAUCUGUUAAUACCAAUGAUUACAGGAAAACAAAGGCUUUAAAAAUAGCAGCCAUCUGUGUGAAGAUCACACUGAAUCCAUUCAUGUCCAUACGGGCUAAAGGUGUAUUUAUAAUUUCUACUGAUAACUUUUCAUAUAUUUUACCAACCUGUGGAGAUCUCGGUCCACCUGUACCUGGACAAAGUCCAGAGAAGUUUGAAUUUUUGGCGCAAAUGAAGGAACAAUGGAAAACGGUGUAGUCCUAUGUGUGCUGUUAAUGCUGGGAGUGUUUACAAAAGAUGUUCAUCCAACAUCUCCCAUUCAGACUCAUCAGACGGUGACGGCAGCUGUGGGAGAAGAGGCUCAUUUCAGCUGUUUGCUCACAGAAUCUAAAGAUGUUCUUCAAGUCACGUGGCAGAAAGUUUUACCUUAUGUUGACAAGAAUGUGGCAACUUACAAUAAGUUUGGCCAAAGAGUGGAUCCUGAUUUUAGAAAUAAAGUGAAGUUUAAAGUUACUGAACUACAGAACAGCUCCAUAGUUAUCAGCAGUGUGACAGAGCAGGAUGAAGGUUGUUACCUGUGUCUGUUUAACACCUACCCUGAAGGAGCGUUUAAAGGAAGAACCUGCCUCAAAGUCUGUGAGCUUCAUGAGCCCAUUCUUCAUGUCAGAGGAUCCAACUCUUCUGAAGAGUCCCUUGUUUCCUGCUCAGUCACAGCUCGACCUGCUCCCACAGUAACACUGACUGUCACACAGCAGCACCUCUACUUCUCCCACUACAGCACCGUCACUGUCACCAACGCCAACAACACACUCACUGUCACCAAGACAGCUGUGCUGUCUGGUCUCCAUGGCGACGGCACACAGGUUGGAUGUGCAGUGAGAGUCCCCUCUGGUCCUCAGAAAGUGGUGUUUAUGAAUAUUACUGAGGUUGAACCAAAGUCUGCAGAUGGGAUUGAUGAGGACUCAAGAUCCGAAAGCAGCAGCAACAGCAAGUUAAUGAUCUCAUAUUUUCUUCUCACAACCACUUCAGUUCUUUGUUUGCGUUAUGAAAGUCUCUAACCACUUUUUCCUGCUCUUGAAAUAGCUUUAAGUAAUAUAGUUAUUUUUAAAGCCAUUGUUGUUUGUGGUUGUGUUGCAGCAGUCGUCCCUGUUAAAUUCAUAAAACCCCUAGAAACAGCUCAGUCUGUGUCUGUUUGAACUGUGAAAAUAAAGGAUGAUGACACAUUCAUACGGGAACAAUCCAAUUGCUCAAUGUCUCUCAUUUCAGCA